CCGCGGGAACCCCAAGCCCGCGCUCUCGGCUCCCGCCGCUUCUGGCCAUGGCCCCGGCGUUGCUGCUGGUUCCCGCUGCCCUCGCCUCCUUCCUCCUGGCCUUCGGCACAGGAGUGGAGUUCGUGCGCUUCGCCUCCCUGCGGCCACUCUUCGCAGGGAGCCCGGAGGCCGGCGGUCCCGAUGCCCACCAGGGGUGGCUGGCUGCCCUGAAGGACCGAAGUGUUCUUGCUUCCCUAGCUUGGGAUCUGGGACUCCUGCUACUAUUUGUGGGCCAACACAGUCUCAUGGCAACUGAGACAGUAAAGGUGUGGACAUCCCGGUGCUUUGGGGUCCUUCAGAGAUCUCUGUAUGUGGCCUGCACUGCCCUAGCCUUGCAGCUGGUGAUGCGGUACUGGGAGCCUGUACCCAGAGGCCCAGUGUUGUGGGAGGCUCGAACUGAGCCAUGGACUACCUGGGUACCCCUCCUCUGCUUUGUGCUGCACGUCAUUUCCUGGCUCCUCAUCUUUAGCAUCCUUCUGGUCUUUGACUACGCUGAGCUCAUGGGCCUCAAACAGGUAUACUAUCAUGUGUUGGGGCUGGGUGAGCCUCUGGCCCUUAAGUCUCCCAGGGCUCUGAGGCUCUUUUCCCACCUGCGUCACCCAGUGUGUGUGGAGCUGCUGACGGUGCUGUGGGUGGUUCCCACCCUGGGCACUGACCGCCUCCUCCUUGCUCUCCUCCUCACCCUCUAUCUGGGCUUGGCUCACCGGCUAGACCAGCAAGACCUCCGUUACCUGAGGGCUCAGCUACAAAGGAAACUCCAGCUGCUCUCCAGGCCCCAGGAUGGGGACAAGGCAGAGUGAGAAGCUACCCCUCUCAGGUCCCAACUCCUGUACUUCCUUUCUCCCUGAAAUUCAAAAUGUUUUAAAACCCAGGCCCUGGCUGCUUUGGGCCAGAGAGACUCAAACUCAUGCACUGAAGGUGCUGUUCCCUCCCCUGCGUGAGACAUCAUUCCCUAGGUCCAGUUCCAUACUCUAGACUCCAAGGUCUGCUUCCCACCAGCCAGGAAGAUGUGUGGCACUCACUGGCUCCUCAGCAUUGGAGCAUGUCACUCCCCACCCACACACACACAUACUCCAACAGCCUCCUCAUGAAAAGGCUUGAUCACAACUUCUUGGUAGUUACUGCUAAGCCUCAGGGAUUCCAUUCUCCAGUUUCUACUCCAACAAGCCGUGUCAGGGUCUGUCUGCAAUUCUACAGAUAACAGGUGAAAAUCCCCUUGGACUCUAGGGGUGCCUCCUCACCUCUGCCAUCCUUAUCCCACUUCCUCAGGUCUCCACCUAGGGCUUCGUUCUGAGCCUAAUGGAGAGGUUUCUCCUGAGGGACAUUCGCUACAGAAAUAUUAAAAUUGGCUUUUCUACACUAACAA